UAUAUAUAUAUAUAUAUUACCCUUGAUCCCUUAAUAUAUUAGAUUGUUUCUUUAGCCAAUUUCUUGAUUCUUGUUUUGCUUUGAUUAUAUGAUUUAUGUCCAUCUCUCUUUUUUUUAAAAAAAAAUUAAGAAAUUAUAAUUUCUGAGGAGUGUCUAAAAAAAAAAAUCAUCAAUAUGGAAUCAUUCUCUGUCUCAGGGAACCUUAACUUAAACAAGAAAGGAUUUUCAUUUACUGUUCAAGUAUUUCACAAAAAUCCUGAGAUGGAAGGCAAAUCUGAAGCUGCUGUUGAAGUAGCUGAAAGAAUUAAAAAGGAGGAAAUGCAUGUCAAAGUCAAGAGCAAGGAUAAAGAGCCAAAAGAUGAGAAGGAAGAGAAAAAUGAGGUUGAACUUGAAUUGAAGACCAAAUCAGUAGAGAAGGAAAAGCCAAAGCAGAAAGAGGACAAGGAGGAGAAAGAUAAGAAGAAUAAGAAGGGUGAUGAUGAAGAUGACAAGAAGAAGGAGAAAGACAAGGAAAAGAAAAAGAAGAAGAAGAAAGAAAAGGAUGGUGAGGAUAGUUUAGGUGAAGAGUCAGAGGUAGAUAAUGAAGCUGGAGAGUCUAAGAAAAAAGAAGAGAAAGAAGAUAAGGAAGACAAGGGAAAAGAAGAGAAGAAAAAGAAGAAGGAAGAACAUGUAGAGGAGGCCAAGGAGAAAGAUGAGAAAAAGAAGAAAGAUAAGAAAGGGAAGAAGGACAAGGAUAAAGAUUUAGAAGAGGAGGAAAAAGAGACAAGGGAAAUCAAAGAUAAAAGUUUGGGUAUUAAGGAAGAGCAAGAUAAGAAGCAUGUAAAGGAGGGCAAGCAGAAGGAUGAAGAGAAGAAAAAAGACAAGAAAGAAAAGAAAGAUAAAGAGAAAGAGAAAGAAAAAGAAAAUAAGGUCAAAGAUGAAGAGAAGAAGGUAGGUGAGGGAUUUGUGGAAGAAACAGAGAAAAAGAAAGACAAGGAAAAAGAAGAUGAUGAAGGGGAAGAGAAGAAGAAAAAGAAAGAGAAGAAGAAGAAAGAGAAAAAACACAAGGAUGAAACAGAGGAGGGAGAAGAAGAGGAAGGUGAACAGAAAGAAGAGAAGAAGAAUAAGAAAAAGAAAGAAAAGAAGGACAAGGAAGAGAAAAAGGGUAAGAAACACAAGGAUGAAGUUAUUGAGUCAAAGAGCGAGGCUGAAGUUGUCAAAAGGGCGAUUCAAAUAGAAUCAGAAGUGAGAGAAGAGGAGGAAGAGGAGAAUGAUAAGGCAAAGGACGGUAAAGAGGAAGAGAAAGAUAAAGAAAAGAAAGAGAAUGGUGAUAAGAAAAGAAAAAAGGGUGAUAAGUGUAAAAGCAAGGACCUUGACAGUCUGAAAAAGAAGUUACAGAAGAUUGAUGGAAAAAUUGAAGCUCUCCUUGAGAAAAAAGCUGACAUUUUGAGGCAGAUAAAAGAAGCUGAGAAUGUGAGUUCUGUUUCUUGAUAAGGACAAAGACGCGCAGAUAGCUGAUGCCAAAUAGCCCCUUGGGCAUAAUGCUAUACAGUUCAUUUCUCUUCACCCAUUGUAAUAUAGUGUUUUUAUGGAUAUGCAGUUUUAUGGGAGAACGAUUACUUUUGCUGUUGUAAUAAUAAGUUUUUUCAGAUGUAUGGUGUGUGAAUAAAAUCGUGAUGGAUAAAGCUACUGUAAUAUUGGCUUUUUAUUUCCAGUCCUAUAUAUGUACUGCCAGUCAUUUCAGAGAGUA